GAAGAACGCCCUCUACGCUCCUUGCAACGUAAUUCCAAUUAAUAUUAUGCUCCAAAUUCUAACUUUUAGUUGUUGCAAGAACCCAAGAUUAAAUUAAAAGCGCCAGUCCGAGAUUGAAGUCAUCCUUGUUUGUUUCUAAACACCAGCUAAAUGGCUGGAAGAUUGAAAGGAAGCUUAACGGAAAAGGUGGAUGAGAUCAAGAAAAUGCAGGCCAAUUGGCUGAGGGAACGAUCUCUGAACAUAGAUGGUAUGGACAGCGUUGAUGAAACACCUCAAGGGGGAGCAGGAAGGAAGAGCCGAGACAAGAACGCUAGAAAGUCUUCACCAACAAAUAAUAAAUCUGGAUCAGAAACUAUGUCAUGGAGUACAGGUAAUCAUAAAAAGAAUUCUCAUCAACCUCCAACAAAUUCAUCCACCAAGAAGAACACACUGAGAACAAGAUCAGCUUCCCCUUCCAGGAGUUCAUCAAAGCCUUCAAAGAACAGUAUCUCUCUGUCGGCAUCAACUACCAAAAGACAUGGAUCUAGACCUUCAAGUGCAAAGAGCACUACUAGUGAAGGGUCACGUCCUCCCUCCGGGAGAAACAUUCCAUCUUCAAGAUCAGAGAAAUCAGCAGGGACAGACCAUGAGAGGAGAGUCAAUGAGGACAGAGUGUCUUUAGAUUCAAGAGACAGAAAUAAAGGUGAACCAGGGAUGUAUGCCAACCCCAAUUGGAAUGCCAGUAGAGGAUCUCAUGGCGCUGAUGGGACAAUGUCCAGUCGACUGCAAGGGUAUGUGGACAACUAUGAUGGUGCAAGGACAAGUGUGAUACAUGCCUCAGAGCAUGCUCAACAGACAGCUGACGACAAGUGCUCGGUGGGAGAUAGGCAUACUUAUAGCAGGAUUGAUGGCAGUGAGUCGGAAAGGAGAACGAAGCCAAAGCCUGCGUUGGAUCCCGAUGCCUUUGACAGGCUAGCUGAUCAGAUUGCUAGUAGGGUGAAGGCAGAGUUAAAGGAUGAGAGACAGGAGUUGAUGAACCGAUCGGGAUAUCCUCAGAGUGUCCCGGACGAACCGGAUGAUGAUACAGGAUACAUCGAAGGACAUCACUGCGGUAAAUGCAAGCAGCUAAUGGUACCACCGGAUCAUUCAGCAACUCUUCUCGUUCCGUGUGGUCAUACCCUCUGUGAAGCCUGCGCCGAAGACAGAAUCAAAUGUCCGACUUGUAGAACAAGAGUCUAUUCAACAUCCCUGAAUUCAACCCUCCAAGAACUCAUAUCUUCCUCUAGUCCAAACUCAGGGGCACGCCUUCUGAACACACAGACCAAUCAUAGAACUCCUGAUGUCAAUAAAAACCAUGUCUCAAUGCAUUCAACCAAUCACAACCCAGAGAGCCGCAGAACUCAACAAUAUAUGCCUUCUAGAUAUGCAAAUGAAGGACAAGUCAUGAACAAGCCAGUGGGGAGAGACCACAGUGUUAGUGAGGCACUCAUUGGUUGUGAUGGCAGUUCUAGUAAUACUAGGAUGAAGGAAAGUAAGAAUUCAGGAAGUGAGAAGGCUGAUGUUGCCCGGAGCAGGAGGAAAAUGAGUCCGGAGGAAGAAGCGAGAAAAAUGGAGGAUGAAUACCAAUCACUUGGUAUCCGGUGUGAAGCGUUGGAGAGCGAGGAGGCAGAUGUGCUUGAGAGGGUCGAGAUACAAAACGUAGAUAUUGCACAACACAAGCAACAAAUGGGCAACAUCGCACUGAAGCAGCAGCAUUUGAGGGAGGAGAUCAAGGGUCUGGAGAAGAGACUAGCCGACCUGGAAGGUCAUCGUCAGGAAUACAAGAGGCAGGUGGAGGAUGCGGAGGAUCGGAAGAAAGAGGAACUGGACCAGCUGGCGAUGGUUCGCACCAUGCUGAGGGAUAUGCAGAGGAAUCGGGAGAGGGUCAAGAUGUCUGCAAGGAAACUGAACAUUUCUCUUGAUUGAGCUGGGAUUCUACUAUCGAAGGAGGGCGGGUAACACUGAAAUAUUUUGAAUUUCCGUCCAUGUUUAUUUAUUUCUUUGUGUCGGCAUUAUAUGUUGUGAUAAAUACAAAUAACUUUCUACAUGUUUUGCAUCACUUAAUUGUACAAGUGGCAAAAAUGAUUAUUGUGUGAAAUACAAGACAGAUGCAUUAUAUACAUGUACAUGUGAUAACAAAUAAGUGAGCCCUCUGGCUCGGCCAUAUUUUUGGUCAAAGCAGGGCAGAGGAACAUAAAAAAAAAAUUUGUACUGAAAGGUUUACCAAUUAGAGAAUAUAUUCUUAGGCAAUUAUUCCUAACUCGUGAGGGAAUAGUUGGUUUGAACCAUGGCCGUAUGCAGAAAUUUUUCGUUGAGGCGGCAGCAUGCGUAAACUUUUUGAAAAAACUCAAAAGCGAGGUAGAGUAGCUUGUCAUUUGGGUGCUUUUGCCUUUUAAAAAGUGGAAUGGGAUGAAAAUUUUCAGUAAAAAAAUGUAAGUUUUCAAGAUUUCUAUGGGGGGGGGGGGGGGCAACUGCAACCGCAUAUAGCCAUGGUUUGAACUGUUGAUUAUUGUUAUGUUUUGAGGUAAACAAAAUUUACAUGUAGAUAAGGUAGUCAUGCAAGUUUUAGGAGCAGAUUUUAUAUAGUGUUUUUAAUUAAAUUACUGCAGGUUUCAUGGAAAAUCCUCUUUUUUACCCUAAAUAGGAUGUAAUAUAAAAUUGAAAAUGCUAUAUUUUCUCCCAAGAUCCUUUAUAUCAUCUCUCAAAAUAUUGCUGUUCUUGGGACUAGGUUGGCAUCCCUGAUACAAUUUUAAGAUUAGCAUUAAUAAGAAAAUGUAAGUUUUUACCGAAAUGCAAUUACAUGUCCCUCGUAAUAGGCCUAUAAUUUAAUCCUAGAAAGUUUCCACCCCUGUUUGUAUAUGACUUGAAUUUAGGGCAAUGUACAGACGUGCAAUGUAACAAGAAAUUAAACGCCAUCCAUGACUUUAGUAUUAAACAGUGUUAUUACCAAUGCAUUGAACAUUUAGGGGCAAAUGAUGGGGGUAAUUCAGGAAUGUUAUGCAAAAUAUUAAUGCCCUCCAUAUUUUAUAACUGUGAUGUUUCUAUAUAGCUUCAUAAAGCUAGGGAUAGUACAUGUGUAGUUAACAAUACAUAUAUUGGCAUACAUCUCAUCUCUAACUUCUUCAGUCCAAGAACCUUCAAAUCAAGAAAACUUUUUACAAACAAUACUCUGUUGGAUUGCAAAUAAUAACUCUUUAAAAUUGUGGUAUCAAUUGUUCUCAAAGCUAAUUGGAUUCUUUCCAGAGAUAGGGCCUAACUAAUAUUCAUUA